GGGCCAUUUUGUGAGGAGACGGAGACUGAGCGGUUGUGGCCUUGUCGCAGAGCUCGAGCAGGCUUCGGUCUUUUCACGUCGAACUCGGGAGUGAGAGAUUCAAAAUCGAAUCUCUUCUCCCUCCCCCUCCUGGUUACAAAUCACUUCAAAUAAGUUAGUGGAACUUUGCUUGAGGGCAGCAAGGCGAACCCCAUCCCUACUCACUGGAGCUCAGCUUUGAUUUUUAACCUCCUUUCCCCUCCCUUCCAGAACACACACAUUCCCAUUCUAAAAUUGAUUUUAUAAAGACAUUUUAAACAUAAUGCAACUUGGUGUGCACUACAGCAAAUUUACAGGUGUUUUUUUUUUUAUUGUUUCCAAAAACGGGACCUGGAUAUAAGAUGUAAUUUUUAAAAUUUCUAUUUGUAUUUUUUCUGCAGCAGUUGGGUUAGAGGAGGAGGAGCCUUUUAGUCUCUCAUAAACUGACCUCUCUACUUCCUCGUGUAUUUUUAAGAUUGAUUGAUGAUGUGGAAAGGGCUUUGCUUGUCUGCUAUUGAGAACUUCACCCUUGCGGUUUUUAUGGAAACUGCUUUUGGAAAGAAAUGAACUUUAUUGACUUGACAUUUUUGCACAUCCCGUUUUUCUAAUCUGGGCUAUUUUUAUUUUUGUUUUUUUACAGUGAGAUUUUUUUGAUCUUCAGCUACAGUAAGUUAUACCAAUUUUUUUUUUACAUUUUUCCUGACUUUCCGCUGAUUUCCUUUUUAUUGUUGUUACUAGUUACUAUUAUACUUAUGAUGGUGAUGAUGAUGAUGAUAAUGACACUAAUGAUUUUUAACCGGAUUAAGAUCGAGUUUUUCUGAGUGUUUGUGAGAAUUUCUACAACCUCCUGAUUGACUUUGGAGUUUUGUAUCUUGGGAGAGAAAGUGAAGGCAUUAGCAUUUUUAAGUGGAUUGAUCACAUAAACCUUUUCUCUCCCAACCCCACCCCCCAACCCCUCAACCCCUUCCCUACACUGAAAAUAAUUUUACUGGCUGUUAAGUCUGUGACCUUAUUUUUCCUGAUCUUUAACUUAACUGUUUUAGAGCAUCUCUGGACGUCUGUAUUUUUAAUUUUUUUUAUUUUUAUUUUUUUUAUUUUUAAUCUUUGAUUUGUUAAAUUUUUAAACUGUGCUGCAAUAAAAUGUGUGUGGUACUAUUUAACACCUAUGAUGAUGAUGGCAUUUUCCCGGAAAGCCAUCUUCCUCCUGUUUCCCUUGAAACCCCAUCCUGCUUUUCCUGUACACUACCCCUCACAAACCACAAGCUGCAGCAACAUGGAUGCCCAGCCUGGAGCAGCAGCAGCCAGGAUGACCUGGAGCCAGGGGGGCCUUCGGAACAGAUGUACACCCUUCCUGGGUGAUGUUUUUCACUUGGUGAGGACCCUUACCAGCAGGCGCAAUGGCAAGCAAUGUGACCAACAAGACAGAUCCCCGCUCCAUGAACUCCCGUGUGUUCAUUGGGAAUCUCAACACUCUCGUUGUUAAGAAGUCUGAUGUGGAGGCAAUCUUCUCAAAGUAUGGCAAAAUCGUGGGCUGCUCUGUCCAUAAGGGCUUUGCCUUCGUUCAAUAUGUUAAUGAGAGAAAUGCCCGAGCUGCUGUAGCAGGAGAGGACGGAAGAAUGAUUGCUGGCCAGGUUUUAGAUAUUAAUCUGGCUGCAGAGCCAAAAGUGAACCGAGGGAAAGCAGGCGUGAAACGAUCUGCAGCGGAGAUGUACGGCUCCUCUUUUGACUUGGACUAUGACUUUCAACGUGAUUAUUAUGACAGGAUGUACAGUUACCCAGCGCGUGUUCCUCCUCCUCCUCCUAUUGCUCGGGCUGUAGUGCCCUCUAAACGCCAGCGCGUAUCAGGAAACACUUCAAGAAGGGGGAAAAGUGGUUUCAAUUCUAAGAGUGGACAACGAGGAUCUUCUUCCAAAUCUGGAAAAUUGAAAGGAGAUGACCUUCAGUCCAUUAAGAAGGAGUUGACCCAAAUAAAACAAAAAGUGGAUUCUCUUCUGGAAAGCCUGGAAAAAAUUGAAAAGGAACAGAGCAAACAAACAGUAGAGAUGAAGAAUGAUAAGUCAGAAGAGGAGCAGAGCAGCAGCUCCCUGAAGAAAGAUGAGACUAAUGUGAAGAUGGAGUCUGAGGGGGGUGCAGAUGACUCUGCUGAGGAGGGGGACCUACUGGAUGAUGAUGAUAAUGAAGAUCGGGGGGAUGACCAGCUGGAGUUGAUCAAGGAUGAUGAAAAAGAGGCUGAGGAAGGAGAGGAUGACAGAGACAGCGCCAAUGGCGAGGAUGACUCUUAAGCACAUAGUGGGGCUUAGAAUCUUAUCCAUUAUUUCUUUAUCUAGGCGCUUGUCUAAGAUCAAAAUUUUCACCAGAUCCUCUCCCCUAGUAUCUUCAGCACAUGCUCACUGUUUGCCCCAUCCUUGUCUUUCCCGUGUUCAUUAAUUCAUUUCCCUGCGCCUAGUCCCAUUUUCACUUCCUUUGCUCCUGGUAGUUUUGUUAAGUCUUUUGCCCUGUAAUUUUUGCUUUUAAUUUUGAUACCUCUUUGACUUAACAAUAAAAAAGGAUGUAUGGUUUUUAUCGACUGUCUCCAAAAUAAUCUCUUGUUAAUGCAGGGAGUACAGUUCUUUCCAUGCAUACAUGAGUUCCGUAGUUGCUUCCCUAACUGCAAAGGCCAUCUCAUUUAGCUGAGUAGCACCUGCGAGCAGCUUUGAGUUAAAGGUGUGUGUGCUCUACCCCACAUGAUAGUGCUGUGUGGGGCUGUUCAACACAACUGUAACAAUGUAUUUUUGUGAAUGAGAGUUGGCAUGUCAAAUGCAUCCUCUAGAAAAAAAAAGUAGUGUAAUAGUCUUAAUAUUUGUUUUCUAAAGUUGAUACUGUGGGUUAUUUUUGUGAACAGCCUGAUGUUGGGACCUUUUUUUCUCAAAAUAAACAAGUCCUUAUUAAACCAGGAA